UUGAUGUAUUAUUAUAGAGAGAGAAAAAAGCCACCGUCAAACUCAAACUCAAACUCAACCCAAGUUAUUCCUUAACUUAACUCUACCACCUUUUUUCCUUUGCCCUCCUCACUCCUACAAAUAAAGUACUGACACAAAACACGAUUCUUCUCCUCAAACUUGGAACAAAACGAAAACCAAUCACAACAACGUAGUAAAACUCAAAACCAGGAAAUUAAUAUGAGCUGCAACGGUUGCCGUGUGCUCCGGAAGGGGUGCAGCGACACAUGCCCUCUGAGGUCGUGCCUGCAGUGGAUCGAAUCUUCGGAGUCACAACGACACGCCACUCUCUUCCUCGCUAAGUUCUUUGGCCGUAGCGACCUAAUGUCCUUCAUUUCCUCCGUCCCCGAAACCAAAAGGCCUGCAUUGUUUCAGUCUCUGCUAUUUGAAGGGUGCGGGCGAACGGUAAAUCCGGUGAACGGAGCCGUGGGACUUCUGUGGAGCGGAAACUGGCACGUGUGCCAGGCCGCUGUCCAGACGGUGCUCUCCGGAGGCGUUCUUCGCCCGUUGGCGGAGACAUUCACCGGAGAUUCCGAUGACACGCGCUAUCAUUUACGGCCAUUAACACUCAUGCAUGACGUGAGAGAGAUGAAUGACAACUCAAGUUUGAUGAAUAGAGUCAAUAGACCACAAGAAUCGGAGAUGGCAAGUUACGACGGCCACAAGAAAAAUCAGAUUUUAAAUUUGUUCAUGUAAGACCAUAUUAUGCGUUAUAUUAUGACAUGUUACUAUAUAUUAAAAAUAUGACAUGAUAAAUAGACUUGGCGAGGUGAAGGUGGAUUGUGCAAAGGAAUCAACACAUUUGCUACGAAAUUGUAGUUUUUUGUUUUUUUUU